CAAAGAAAGAAAGAAAUGACCGAGAGAACCGGUAUCAGGUAGGAAUUCAGGAUAUGGCAAGCAUGAUAUGUAGUCCAACUCUUGGGUCCUUCUCUUUCAAGAGAAGCGGCAGACCCAACAAUAGUGUUGGGGCAUCUUCAUGUUGUGUUGUAAAAGCAAUGCGGAUUGAGAAGCCAUUAGAGGAAUUGUACAAUGUGAGGGUAGAAAGGAAAGUGUCAACAGAGCGACUAACACAACUUGGGGUUUCAAGAUGGUCAAUAUGGAAGACAGGCAAGUGCAAAUUACCGUGGGACUGGCAAGUUAAUCAGCUGGUUUACAUUGAGGAAGGGGAGGUAAGGGUUGUGCCUGAAGGCAGUCAGCGCUUUAUGCGAUUUGUUGCUGGGGAUCUUGUUUGUUACCCGAAGUGGUUCGAGGCAGAUCUUUUCUUCAAUGGUCCAUACCAAGAGCGUUAUAGUUUCCGAGCAUAUGGGGAUGACUAGUAAUCAUUAAAUCUGUGUUAUUCUUCUAGUGUAUUUAGGGGGUGAGAUAUCAAUAAUUGAAAUUUGCAACCACCAUCUGCCUUCCUUAAAUCUCAUCUGUGCUGUAAGAAAUUUAAUUACAUUGAGAAUGGAACAGCUUAUUCAUUCGACAACAUUUGUUCUUGUUAGCAGUCACUGGUUGCAGAUGAGUAUGAAAUUCGAUUUACACAUGCUUGGUUUCACGUUUCAUUCCUAGGCUGGAUACUAGCAGUAUUAGUGUAAAACAGGAUUGUGAUUAGAGCAUGCGGUUAGUGGAGGAAAGAAGUUACUGGGGUUGUCUUUGGUGGACUCUAAGGUCUGUUGCAAUUAAGUAGCGACAGAAUCAGAAUCCUUGGCAAGGAGGUGGGAAGACGAGGAAAUGAGAGAGAUGACUGGAUUGAAUAUGAUGAGGGUAACAGGCAUAAGUUAGGAGAUAGAUCAGUGACAAAACGAUUGGCUGUUUGUUAAAAGCAGCGCGGUGAACAAGGUAUGCUAGAAAUUGGCUGAACCAUGCUUCCUAAGAGAUGAUAUCUAAGGCUAGAUUAGGAUUUAUUGUUUUGCGAUU